AUGAACGCUGUCGUUCCUGAUUCGGCAAAGACACAGUCUGCCAAAUCGAAUUUAUAUACUACAUUGGCGAAAACACAUUUAGGUGAAGUUGCUGCUAUAAUCGUAUCCACCUUAAUAUCGUAUGGUAGAUUAACCGCUAAAGAUCUUAGUAAUAAAUCAGAGGUUCCUCUCAAACUAGUCAAAUCCACAUUAGUCUCAUUAAUUCAACUAAGUUGCAUUUCGUACUGGAAAGAAGAAUCUUCAAAGCAAGUUUUCUACAGUUUUAAUGAAAAUGGAUUGUUGAUAUUCUUGCACAGUGGGGACAUCAUUAACCAUAUUAAACUCACAUACGGAGAUGAAUCAGCAGGAAUUAUACAAAAUAUUAUAGAAGUAGGGCAUAUGAAGAUUGAAGAUUAUUUACAAAAUAUCGAAGACCCAGAAGUUGUCUUCAACAAAGAAAACUUGCUCUUAAAGUUAUUUAGCGAUGGUUGGUUAAGCAGAGUGCAGAUGUCAAAUUUUCAACCUAUAGAUGAUUUGUGGAAUCAGCUAUAUCAGGAGACUUUGAAAAACACACCAAGAUCGACAACUAUAAGUGAAAUCAAGAGAGUUAAUGAAGCAAAAGACAAAACAAAGCUCAAGUUUACUAAUUUGUUAGAAUCGGGUAACAGUGCCAAAGAAUUGUUUCAAAUUGAAAACGGUAUUAAAAAAUUGGCUCCCAGCUUGGUUAUUGCGUUCAAUUUGUCAAGGUUCGAAAAACACCGCAGAACAGAACAAUUAACUAACUUAGCCAAGGCUAGAAUUGGUAUAUUGACUUCCAAAGUAUACGAGUGUGCUCUACAACUAAUUGAGCAGCAUUCUCCGGACUUAAGACAUAGCUUUUUGAAAAUAUCUGGAUUGAUAAACGAUCCAGUAGAAGAACAGGCAUUUGUGAACUCUAUUGAAAACCAAUUGGUUGAUGAUAAGAAAAUAGUAUUUAAUGUGAAAGACUUAGUGAAGAUCGCUCCUAAGGAUUUGGACUUGAGGAAUUCAAUUCUAACUCAUAACUUUUUAAAGCCAACAUUCAAUCCGAAAAAGAGAGUCAACGAUGACAUACCUGACACAAACCCCAAGAAAAUUAAGACAGAAGAUGGAAUGAAUAAUUUAAUGAUAGAUCUCGACCCUGAUGUACUGGAGAAUAACCUCGAUUUUGAUAUGCAUAAUACCGAUAAUUCUGAACCUCAUUCGGUUUCCCUCAUCAAUCAUCAUUUGAAAUUAUUGUCAUCCGGAGUAAUCCCUUUCUUGAUUGAAAUCACCCCAGGCACAUAUACCGUGCCGUAUACUGAUUUAAUGAAAUAUGUAAAACAAUGCAACUACGAUACGUUAAUUAAAACAACCUUAGGUUUAGAUUCCUUCAGACUUCUAAGAUGUCUUAAGUCGUUAAAAUUAGCUGAUGAGAAAACUUUGGCUAAUACGAUUCUAUUGAAAGAGAAAACAGUUAGAAAUGAACUUUUUAAAUUAAUGAAUCUCAAUAUGAUUGAGAUACAAGAGGUACCAAGAAGUGCUGAUAGGGCUGCUUCUAAGACAUUCUAUCUCUUCAGGCACAAGGAAUUCAGCGCAUAUAAUUUCUUAUACAAUUCUUUAACUUUCUGUAUGGCAGACAUAUUACUGAACAUACAACAAUUUAAGAAUGACAAUAAAAUAUUAUUAGAGAAAUGUGAGCGUGAAGACGUCAAAGGUAAUGAGGAGGAGUUGUUAUUGGAGUCUGAAUUAAAGACAUUGAAAAAUCUCCAACUUAGAGAAAUUAACAAUAUUGGUAAAUUUAAUAGAAUCAAAACUCUCUAUGAAAUUUUUGACAAUUUUUAA